GAUACUCCAUCUGUAAAGCGAGGAAUGUCGCUAGCUGAGGAGGCGAAAUUACGAAGGGAAGGUAUCAGACUGAUUAUGGAGGUUGGAACUGGUGUGAGAGCAAAAGCGUGGCCCACGAUAGGUACUGCUUCUGUCUAUUUUCAUCGAUUUUAUAUGUUUCACACAUUGCAGGAGUUUCCGCGCGAGAUUGUCGCAAUGGGUUGUCUGUUCCUCGCAGGGAAAGUGUCAGAGACUCCAAAGAAAUGUAAAGAUAUCGUCACAGCAGCGCAAAAUGUCUUCCCCACUGUUUAUGGAGAUAAAAAUCGCAACGCAUUUGUUGAUGAGAUUAUGGGUAUCGAACGAGUGCUACUGCAGACGAUGAAAUUCGACUUACAAGUUGAUUUACCUUACCAGUAUCUUAUCGAUUACUCAAAGAAGUUCAAACUCACAAAGACCGAAAUCAACUCUCUCGUUCACACUUCAUGGACGUUUGUUAACGACAGCGCAUUUACAACUUUGUGUCUGAUUUGGGAACCACAGGUAAUCGCAGUGGCUCUUCUUCACCUUGCAAUUACUGUUCGUAAAGUCAAUAUUGGGCUUCCCGAUUGCUGGUGGAAUGAAUAUAUUGCAAAUUUAUCAAACAAUCUUAUUGAUGAUAUUUGUCAUAAGGUAAGGCUUUUUAAUGUUGACAGAUUCAUUUGA